AAAAAAAGGAACAGCUUGUAACUUCCACUUGUCAUUCUACCGUUUACCAAACAAACAAACGAACGAUCGUAUUUACAGUUGUUCGCUUCAUCGUAAACAAAAUUUUCCAAGAAAAAACGAAAAAGAAAACAAUGGGUUGGGUGAUGUUGAAAAAUGAAAACCCUAACCGGUGAGUUUGGAGGAUGAGAUGAGGCCGAGCCUGGCUGAGAUAAUUGAUGAUGAUGAUGGAAGGAGAGCGAGAGCGAGAUUCGGAUUUGAAGGUGAAGGUGAUCGAGUGGGAGGACUUUGAGCAAGAGCUUGCUAGGUUAUGGAGUCUCUCUUCUGCGCUCAAACAAGCUAACCAAAACAAACUUUCUCUUCACCGUAAACUCCACUCCCUUAUUCAGAUUGAUGCCCAUUCAUUGAAUCAAUUGAAUGAGCUCGAGGAGAUGCAUGAGAAACUUGAUGCUAAAAAAAAAGUGAUGGAAGACAUGUCCAUGCGUUCCAAGCUUGCAAAGGAGGAUGCUAACAAGCAAGAGGACCAGCUUAGUGUUCAAGUUAGAUCACUUUUGGUUGCCGGGACUGCACUUUCUGUCGCAAGGAAGCGAUUGCAGGAAUCAAAUAGGUUACUUGCUGGAGAGAAGGGUUAUGUUCGUCUCAGAAAUUUACAAAAAAGGCUAAGGAUGAGGCAACAAUAUAUGAUAUCUCAAGUUUCAUUGCUCUAUCCUGUAAAGAUCUCUGUUGGACCUGCAGAGGAGCAGGAACUUGAGUUAUUUCCUAGCAGUAGUAGAUCAGGGAGUUCUGCUGGAUCAAAACCUUUUAAUCAUGGAUCCUUGACAAUUUUAGGUCUGCACUUGACUAUGCUUCCUUUUAAGCAGAUGAGUUUUUUCACUGACAAGAAGGAGGUUCAGAGGUCUGCAACUGCCCUGGGAUAUGUCUCUCAUGCUGUUUCUCUUAUAGCUUCCUACUUAAAAGUUCCUUUGCGUUACCCAUUUCGCUUGGGUGGUUCUCAUUCAUAUAUUAUUGACUAUUCACCUUCUAUAGAGCCUACAUCAUCAGAUUCAUCUUCAAAUACUGAGCUUUCCACAAGUAUGAAGCACGUGGAGUUCCCUCUCUUUUUAGAAGGUCAAGACACAACGAGGGCCGCUUAUGCUGUAUUCUUGUUAAAUAAGGAUUUAGAGCAGCUUUUGAAUUUUAUUGGUGUAAAGAGUUUAGGACCAUGCCACGUAUUGGCUAACUUAAAGGAGCUUCUAAGAAAUAUCCAGUCUGCAGAUUAUAUAGAUACAUGAUUCAAUGUUAACGGUCUGUUAGCUUCUCUGUAAAUGGAAUUAUUUGUAUUCUUGGGUGCAAAUUUUUGAUGGAGCACCUUUCAUAUAGCUUUGUCAGUUUGUUUCAAUUGAUUGAAGCAGAAUGUGCUUAAUGCAAAUUCUUUCUUGGAUCAGAAACCUUAAGAAUUUUGUGUAAAGUGUGAAUUCGAUGUUGGGAAAAGGGUUGUGCUGUGAAAUUUUUAGAUGCGCAUUAUUUUUGGGAGUGGAAUAUAUGGAGGACCAUGGUUCCAAUUUGUUUUAA